AUGAGGUACCCGAAUUUGAUCAGAACAAAUUCCAAUAGACCAUCGAGAGCCCAAUUCAAUCCAAGAAUCGCUCAUUUGGAUUAUUGCUCCCCCUCCCCUGAUGUUCAUAGGUCUAGAUUUCGAAGAACUAGAGCGGAACCUGUUUUUGGUGAAGAGAACAUGGCUCCACCACCUUAUACUGAGUAUGCGGAGAUACAUCAACACCCUUUGAGAGAACGCGUCGAUCCCAUGAGACAGCACAUGAAUCUGUUCCUGGAGCCUGUGAUGCUAGACGAAAACGCGUAUUUGGAAGAAGCUCUACAAUAUCAAGAAGAAGAGCAAAUGGUCAGAGAGGAAAUCGAUGAGGUAACGCAGCGGGCAAUGGGGCCUCGUCGUCAGCCUCAUUACAGCAUUGGAAACUCGGGUUUUCAAGGUUUCAUGGACGCUUCACCUGCGCACAACAGAAUUGAGAGUGGUGUAUCCACUAACACAGGACAUCAAAGACUGGUUGAGAAUAGUCAGCGUCAGAGACAGAUCCAUGACAUUCCCGACAUUCCAACACAGGAACAGGAUGUGGGAUUCCAAGGAGCCAUCUUGGAUAGCUUUCAAGAACAGCGACAAGAUGUGGGAUUCCAACGAGCCAUCUUGGAGAGCUGCAACUUGCAGCGAAACUCUAAUCAAUCAUCGAGGGGAGCUCAUACUGAUGUGGCAAUUCGAAGCCCCAGUAGCAGUCCACACCGAGCGAUAGCUAUGCAAAGAGGAUAUCUGUAUAGUGGCAACUCACAUGAUAAUGCUGGGGAACGCUCUCUGAGUCGUUUUGACCCCGGGAACACCGCUAUGCCAGUAAUGGACGAAGAGGCCCAGAUUCAACAGGCUAUUCAGAAUAGUCUCAACACUCUCACGAAUGAAAGAACUCCGCGACGUUUCAUCUGGCCGGAGAAUGAAACGACACCGAAUGAAAGUCGUAUACCAAUGGACAACAGCCCGACUUUAGAGAAUCAUGGGGGAUACCCGAGAGGAGGAACUGAUGAGCGCAUGAGAGUGGAAGAGAACCCAAGAGAGGCGAUUGAACGGGAGGAGAAUUGUUUCAGAAGUCAAUCGCGUCUAAGACUCGUUUUACACGAGACAACUCCAUCAUCUACUGAACGCCAUCAAGAUGAGGGAUCUCGACUUGUAGAUGUCACAGAGAGCCCAAGACAGACAGUUAAACAGGAAGACAACCUAUUCCGAAGUCAUUCGCAUCCCAGAGUGGGUCGACAAGAGCAGACUGCAACUGCGUCAGAUCACUUUCGAGAUGUGGGUUCGCGAAUGGCACAGGUCACAGUGGAUCAGCUUGAGGAUAAUCCAUGGUCUGGUCAAAGAUCUGAAAUACAUGUUUCCCCCGCUCGUACUUACGACGACAGAGUGUCACGAGUGAUGGAGAGAACGGUGGCCCCACGUGGCAUGGGUGUAGAAGAAUACGCCGAUUUUGUUAGGCGGGCGGAACUUUUGCAUCUUCAAAGAUCUGCGUCAACAAGCCCCUCCCGUUCACGCGAAAGAAGAGACCGGACUCAUUAUGAUGAUACACCUAGGGAGUAUGUCCGAGAGUAUCAAGAACGCCCACCCUCAGGAUCCCAGGACCAUCCUCAGGUACUUCAGGAUUCUCACCACUCGGCGCGUGGGAGAACACAGUAUCGGCAUGAAUCAGUGUCAACUUAUAGACAAGUGCCGAAUGGAUCUGAUUCAUACUAUGAGAGAACUGCCCCGGCACGUUCUUCUGGGCGAGAUGUGGAAGGUUACCCAGAUAAUCGCGGGCACAUGACACCAAGUGCUCUUCGGCAAAAUGAAAUGGGCUCUCAAAACGGAUCCUCUCCAUCACGAUCAAGAAGCAGUUCUCGCGUUCGCUUUGCAGACCUCGAGGUAACAGCUGAAUAUCCUCCAGGUAUGCCUCACCCGGCUCACCGUUAUAGACGUGAGGCAGGUUCUCGAGAGCGACAAUAUGAUCGGGAGCAAACUCGAGGUCCACCACUUCGAAUGGGAAAUUUCCGUUAUGUCGAACAUCCAAGAACUCCUUCUCCAGUAAGAUCAGAUGGAGGUCAAGGUCGAUAUGCUUCUCGGGAAAGUCCAAAUAUACCUGCCGGUCGUGAUGUAUACAUGACAGGAUAUUCGGAUCCAGGUCGUCGAAUGCCUGGCACGUAUCAGCAGACAUCUCAUCCAAGAGAUUCUGAGAACGUGUAUGAGGAAGAAUUUGACGAACUUGAGCUUAGUCCCAGACUAGAUGCUGUGCGCCGAUGA